UGCGACACCCCUCACUGAUGUGCCUCCAGCGAGACGUAAAGUGCGGGGAAGACUGAAUAACUGACGCAACAUGCCUCGGGUGAAUUCGACCAGGACCACAUCAACUGCCGGGUCCUGGUUCAUUGGCGAUCUUUCAAGAAACAUUGAAAAGCCACAGGCGGCCUCGAGAAUAAGACGAUUGCCUUGGUGUAGGCUACAGAUUUGUUUUACCUCAUCCCUUUCAACUUAGACUCUUCCACCAAAGCUCUUGUGAGCACUAGUAUCCUACCCACGAUGACUGACGCCCCGCAAACCGUCGAAUGGCAGGGUAAGCAGGUCCCUGUCUGGUCCAUGAGGACCAUUGACUACGGCCUGCUGCUCUCACAAGACCCGGCCGAAGUCGAAAAGGUGACCAAGGCGUGUCUGGAGGACGGCUACUUCCAACUCAACCUCGACGGCAUCGACGGCCGUGGAAUGCUCGAGGACCGCCAGGAGGUUCUGAAACUCAUGCACCGCUUUUUCGAGGCCCCGAUCGAGGCCAAGAACGAAUAUGGCCUGAUCGAUUCCCACCUCGGCUACGAGCCAGUUGGCAGCCGAACGGGCGCCUUCGGGCCGGGUUCCAAGGACGGAUACGAGAUGCUCAAGGUGUCGCGGGAUGAGAUCCAGCAAGGCAGCCCUCGGGUCCCGUCGCCGAUCAAGAGCAGCGGUGAGCUCCACAUUCUGGAGCGGGGCAUUGGUAGUUGCAACAUCGUCACCAAGGUCCUUCUCUCCGCUCUCUCUACCGGCAUGGGCCUGACCGGAGCUGAGCGCUUCGAGAACUCGCACCGCAACGACCGCCCGUCAACCACCACACUGUCCAUGAUGCAUUACCUCCCGGCUGAGGAGACGGGCCAAAACAAGAUCGGACACCAAAAGCAUACCGACAUUAGCUCCUUGACGCUGCUUUUCAGCGACCAGUGGGGCCUUCAAAUCCGUCCUCCUGGAGAGUGCGGCGCGCAGGAGAUGGGCUUCGUCGCCCCGCAACCCGGAUGCGCCUUUGUCCACGUCGGAGACUCGCUGCGCUUUGCGAGCGGCAUGAAGUUCCAAUCGUGCAUCCACCGUGUCGUGCCCUUCAACCCAACCGAACACCGGUACUCCAUCGCCUAUUUCCUUCGCGCCGAGGACGACACCAUGUUCCAGGACAGUGAGGGGCGGUAUGUGACGGCCAAGGAGUGGCACGACGAGAAGUUCAAGGCCUUUACCGACCCGCCGGUGUGGCAGGCCAUGGCACCCAAGUCCAUGAUCUUGGGGGGUAUGAAGGAGGACGGGGCCGACGACCGGGAGCCGGUGUCGGCUUUCGUGCCGGAAAUCGUCCAGCAGACCGCUGUUCAGGGAUAAAUCUUUCCUUCAGCUGGUUUGUCAAGAGCGAGCAUUCAAAUGGGCCGCCAAACCUGACCGAGUUUCGUGUAUGCAAUUCCAAUAUCUAUGUAAAUGAGAUUGAUGCCGCGUAGUUUCAACGUACCUUACUUACCAACUCAACUAUACAAGUACCCCC